AUCCUGGAGGAAGGAGAUUCCCUGAGUCACUCUCCAGCUGGGGCAGAUUCUGUCACUGACACCAUCAAACCCUCCCCCAGGGCUGAGCUCUGCCCCCAACACUCUGAUUCUCUCUCCUCAGUGAAUGUGACUCUGGAUCCAGACACGGCUCAUCCCCAACUCGUCCUGUCUGAGGAUCGAAAAAGCGUGAGAUGGGGAGACACACGGCAGGAUCUGCCCGACAACCCUGAGAGAUUUGACACUGAGUUCUGUGUGCUGGGCUGUGAGGGAUUCACCUCAGGGAGACAUUGCUGGGAGGUGGAGGUGGUGGAUGGGCGAUACUGGUCUGUGGGGGUGGCCAGAGAGUCUGUGGGGAGGAAGGGACGGAUCAGCCGUAGCCCUGAGGGGGGAAUCUGGGCUGUGGAGCGGGACUGGGAUCAGUUCCGGGCUCUCACCUCCCCUGUGACCCCCCUGCCCCUGAGCCGGGUCCCCAGCAAGAUCCGGGUUUGUCUGGACUGUGACCGGGGGCAGGUGACAUUUAUCGAUUCUGGUGACGAGGCCCCGAUCUUCACUUUCCCGCCGGGCUCCGUCCCUGGGGAGAGAAUCCGACCCUGGCUCCAGGUGUGGGGGGAAUCCCAGCUCAGACUGUGUCCCUAUUGCCAGCAUAGAGGGCCCGAGGAGAGCAACAGCGGGUUUCGUUGCCUGAUGUGCUUCCCGCCAAUGAACACACCAGGGUGGAGAAGCAAUCAAAGUUUAUUUGAGAUGUCAGAGCGGUUGAAGGAGACUUACACGUCUCAGAUCAACCACACCAUCAUAAGCAGCUUUUCUCUUUUUAUACAUUUUGUAGCUAAGCUCUUCCCUCUUCCCCCCUCCCUUCCCUUGUAGCAGUUAAGUCAUCUUGGCGGCUAUAAGGCUAGCUUGUUAGUAACUCUUCUUUGAAUUGUUAUCUUGUUUCUUUCCCUUUGAACUGUUAUUUUCCCUUCAGCCAGAAACAUGCAGGCCUCAUUAUUACCGCUUUGUACCGGUAUGAGCGGUGUUGCAACUGAUAACUGCCCGUUACACAUUCCAAUUUCUGCACCUGGCUUUUGAGGUCGAUUAGAGUUUAAACAUGGAAGGACUUUGGUUCAUUUAGGCCUAGUGCAGGAAGGCUUCAUCGACACUCGUGGUCUUCCACCCUCCCGAGUUACCUAGGGUUAUGCCUAGUGACACCAACAUCCCUGAGAUACACAGCAGAGGGGGAAACCAGAAAUCAGCCUCUCUAGCCUCACACACCCCAGUCUCUAUGACCUUGGAGGACUCCUCUCUACCCAGCCCCUGGCUCCUCACCUCUAUGACCUGUGGAAGCCCCUCCCCUUCCCUGCAGUCCCAGGGAUGGGAGGGGGAAGAACCCCUGGGGCUGCGGGGGGGUGGCAGAGGGGCUCUGAGGGGCAGAACUAACAGCCGGUCUGGGGACAGGCGGAGGUGGGGGUGCAGGGGCACAUCAUUGAUCAAUCAGGGUUUUGGGGGUUGGGGAGAAGCAGCAGGAGGGAGCAGUUUGUACAGAUCUGUGGGAUUAGAUCUCACUGGGGUCUCCCAGCCAGAGCUCCUGCUGCAAGGGCCAAAAUCACUUCAGGACAACUGGUAACACUGUAAUGGUCACACACACACACAGGGUGGGGGAUGGGUAAGAGGUGCAGAUUGAUGGAAAAACCAUAUUACUGAAAGUGAGACUGUAUCUCAUUAAUUCUCUAUAUUAAUUCCUGCCCAUUGGAGCUAUUUUAGUGCCAUUAAGAAAACUGUUCUCAGUAGCUGGGGAAUCUCCUUGCCAUGCUGUGGUUAUUAAGGCUCCAUCUCGGCUCUGUUUACUUAGGACCUUUAGUUACUUACUGUAAAUAAAACAUUACAAACAA